AUGGAGCCACUGACCUCUGAACCAAUGGAGAGACUGCCAACGGGGCAAAUGGAGUCACAGACGAAGGGAUCAAGGGAGCCACUGACUAAUGAACCAAUGGAGCCACUGACCACACAACCAAUAAGCAAUGGAGCCACUGAUUACGGAAACGAUGGAGCCACUGAUUACGGAAGCAAUGGAACCACUGAUUACGGAAACGAUGGAGCCACUGAUUACGGAAGCAAUGGAACCACUGAUUACGGAAGCAAGGGAGCCACUGAUUACAGAAGCAAUGGAGCCACUGAUUACGGAAGCAAUGGAGCCACUGAUUACGGAAGCAAUGGAACCACUGAUUACGGAAGCAAUGGAACCACUGAUUACGGAAGCAACGGAACCACUGAUUACGGAAGCAAUGGAGCCACUGAUUACGGAAGCAAUGGAACCACUGAUUACGGAAGCAAUGGAGCCACUGAUUAUGAAAGAAAUGAAGCCACUAAUUACGGAAGCAAUGGAACCACUGAUUACGGAAGCAAUGGAACCACUGAUUACGGAACCAAUGCAGCCACUGAUUACGGAAGUAAGGGAGCCACUGAUUACAGAACUAGCGCAGUAACGGAUUACGGAACCAAUGCAGCCACUGAUUACGGAAGCAAUUGA